GCACAUUACAUAACUUCAGCUCCAUACUUUAUCAAUUAUACCAAUAAAACAUAUCCCGCCCUAAAUAAAGGCUGAAUCCCAAAUACCUUCCUCAGGGACACUGUAUCUGAUCCAAUAGCUCAUACCCUAGGAAGUGCACCUAGAUAGGGAAUACAGAGCAGAAUGAAAUUCAGCCAGAGAUCAGAGGAACGAAACGGUCUUUUUCAGAAACUGGAGGAAGACAGAGCGAAAACGAGCCUGUUUAAGGAUGGGGCGGCUGUGCAUCUUCACAAUUCUCUGUUUGGCUUUAAUGCUAUUGCUGCAUGAUACAUCAGCAGACAAGAAAGGAACAAGCAUCAAGAAACCUACCAAGACUAAAACUACAACUGCAUCUACAAACAAGCCUCAACAGGGGAGUAAGCCCAAGCCCAACUAUCCCAGGCAGCCCAACCCAUACCCCCCUGCAGGCAGUAACCCUGGAGCAGGAUAUCCUAACCAACAAUACCCUGGUAGAGGAGGUGUAAGUCCAGGAGGAAAUCCUCAUCAGAACCCUGCAGGUGGCAGUUAUCCUGCAGGUGGAAGUUACCCUGCAGGUGGUAGUUAUCCUGCAGGUGGAAGUUACCCUGCUGGUGGUAGUUAUCCUGCAGGUGGAAGUUACCCUGCUGGUGGUAGUAACCCAGCUAGAGGACAAAAUCCAGGACAAGGGGGCAAUUAUCCUGCAGGAGGAAGUUACCCUGCAGGUGGUAGUUAUCCUGCAGGUGGAAGUUACCCUGCUGGUGGUAGUUAUCCUGCAGGUGGAAGUUACCCUGCUGGUGGUAGUAACCCAGCUAGAGGACAAAAUCCAGGACAAGGGGGAAGUUAUCCUGCAGGUGGAAGUUACCCUGCAGGUGGUAGUUAUCCUGCAGGUGGAAGUUACCCUGCUGGUGGUAGUUAUCCUGCAGGUGGAAGUUACCCUGCAGGUGGUAGUUACCCUGCAGGUGGUAGUAACCCAGGUAGAGGACAGUACCCUGGAGGAGGGGGUGUAAGUCCUAACCAGUAUCCUGCAGGGAGAGGAUACCCUGCAGCUGGUGGCUACCCAAACCAGUAUCCUGGACAAAUCAACCCUGCAGGAUAUCCAGCGGGUGGUGGUUACCCAGUGAGAACAGGACAGGCAGGAGGAUACCCAGGAGGCUAUCCAUUCGGUGGAGGAUCAUAUCCUAACUGGAAUCCUAACAACAAAAUUCUUAGUCCUCGCUAUGGAGGUGGAUUUGGGGGUCCAGGGUAUGGAACUGGUGGCUCACCUUUCUCAAAAUCGGUUAAUAAUAUGGGCUAUGGACCAUCCGUAAAGUCCAAAGGCUUUGCCAAAAAGGCAAUGCUGGCAGCCGGAGUUGGAGCUAUGGCAGGGAUGGCUGUAGGGUAUGGUCUGGGUCGGUUUCCACGGCCACACUUUCCCUUCAGCAGCCCCCAAGAGGAGCAAAACUACAACCAUUACAUGCACCGCCGCUAUGGCAUGAAUUCUACUGAUACAAAUGACUAUGGACGUGACUACACAUUCCAGCCACCACCUCAGGCCCAGACUUACAAAAACUACAUGGACAAGUGCAUGAAAAGAACUGACCUCUUGCAAAAUCGUGAUGCAAAGAUUAGUAGCAUCCAGGAGGAUGACCCCAUGACUGGAUCACUUGCAGUUUCCAAUGGUACUUCUGAGAGAGUUGGCACUGCUGAGGUUCCAGUGCCUGUUGAGUCCCAAGAAAGCAAUGAUGAUACAGUGGGCAUCACAGAGAUUGGUUACCCUGCACUCAUCCAGCAAGUAAAGGAUCGAAAAUGUUUAGAGCUGUUCCUGGUGUACUCCGAGAGCUUCCUCCAGAAGCAGACACAACAGCUUCCCAGCAGCUUCAAUGACCCAAAUGGAUAUUCUGGACUCCUUGUACUGCUCAUGACUACCAUCAUGGCCCUCAGCAGUACCCUCUUGCUGCAGUGACAGCACAGAAUAUUACCCUACUGUGUGUUAAGAGUGUCAGACUUGGAGACCUCUGGGCUCAUCAUAAAUUCCCAGAUAUAAAACUUUUCAUCUCACAAUCACUUCCAUGACAUAUUAUGGUUCACAAGAAUAUAAUGUUAUUGUAUGAAAUAAUAAUGCAUGUUUUACAGUACCUGUUAUUUGUGUGCAGCAUUUUGUCCAAAAGGAAACAUUUAAUUCUGGCCUAUCAUAUAUCCUCACUAACACACCUUUCUCAGCAGUUAUAAACCUUGUAAUCAAAUAACGAGCUGACUAGUAUGGCUACCUAUAUAUCUUUUGCAAUACUUAACAGUAACCAACAGUGGAAAACAUUUUUCCCCCUAAAGUGUUAAUGGAUAAUUAUUAUAUGAAGAAAUUGUCAGGAAUUAUUGUUUGCACAUUCUGUAUUAUUAUCAUUAUAAUCAUCAUCAUCAUCAUCAUCAAUAUUAUUUUAUUUUACAAUUUUUUUUUUUAACUGUGUGACUUGUUGGUGGCCUUUAUUAUUUCUAAAUAAACUUAAACAUGUAUAACACA